AAUGCCACUGAGGAUGACGCCUCAGAGCAAGUGGGGCUGGGGUGUGCAGCACUCUGCUAUAGAGCAGAGAGCGUCCACCUGGCUCGUGCCAGGGAUGCUCACAGUUGGGUGAAGGCAGCGCUUUGUGGCUCUGAGGGUGUGCAAGAGGCUCAGUUCCCACUGGAUGGGAAGGAAAGCCUGAAGUCACUGCCUUGGGACAGUCCUCAUUCCCAGCCCUGUGGCUGCAGCCUCACAUAGCAGUGCGGUGAGGAGCUGGAUGCAAAGCCAGCAGCACAGGUGGUGCACACAGCACUGCCUACGGCCUGUGGCUGGAACAAAAGCGGGGUGAGAGGGGAACCAGAGGUGAGGAUGGCCUGCAGGCAGGGAGUGCUGGGGUGGCUGAGUUCCCCCACACGGAUUUGGAUGGGUUGGUGGGACACGAGUGGAGCAGAGCCGCCGUGGGCAGCAGCCACGCUCCUCACCCCACUCCCAGCACAGCACAGAGCGAGCUGUCCCUGCACUGACAGCAGCGAGGUGGGAGGGAAGCGGCUCCGCGUAGCGCUGCUCCGGGCGGUGUGGGCGCACCUCUGCCCACGGCCACGCUGUGUAGAGAUCUGCAAUACGGGGGGGCUUAGGGAGUGGGGGCCUCUGCAGCCCCUGACUACAGCUUUCUCCUGCAGGGCAGUGGUGCUACGACUCACAAGACCCGAAGUGUGGUGAGUGGGGAUGGUCACAGCUCUGGUCGGUGCUUCCCUGCCCAGUGCCUGGAGGCACGUUGGAAGCACACGUAUAAUAGCUUGUAAGAGGUUAAUUAAGGAUCAGGGAGCAUGUAAUCAGCAGUUACAGCCCAAUUGCUUUAUAGCCCUCAGGUGUGUGCUCGCUGUGCUGCAGGUCAGCCGUGUCCGGCAGCGCUCCAAGCAUUGCUGCCCGGCACAGACCCGGCUCCAGCAGCAAUUAAACCGUGCUGGGGCUGGCGGGGGGCGGUUGGGGCAGCACAGAACAGGCACGUGCUGAGGGCACCAUCCCUUAAUGAAGGCAAUGGGUAACAGGGAGCUCAUGGGGUGGGCUGCAGCUCCACAGGUUUCCAAGUAAAAUCUGGAGUAACAGGGAGAGAAGGGAUGGAGAUGGGGCAGGGUCUAUGGUGGGGACAGGGCUGCCCUUGGCUCCGUGUCCCCCUUGGGGGUGGUGGUGGCACUGCAGGUGCACCCAUGGCUGUGCUCCCUGCAGGCCCCAGCCACUGGAAGGAGCUGAAGGACACCUGUGGCGGUGACAAGCAGUCUCCAGUUAACAUCGACCGGCGCUGGCUGCAGCGGGACGGCAGCCUUGGGGACAUCAUCUUUGAGGGUUAUGACCAGGCCCCCCCCGGCAAGUGGCGGCUGCUGAAUGAUGGGCACACGGUGAUGCUGAGCCUGGAGAGUACCGAGCACAUUGCCAUCAGUGGUGGGGGCCUCCCGGGCCGGUACCGUGCACUGCAGCUGCACUUCCACUGGGGCAGCCCAUCCAGUAAUGGCUCUGAGCACGCUGUGGAUGGGCAGCAGCUUCCCAUGGAGCUGCACAUUGUCCACAUCAAUGUCAAGUACCACACCUUGGGAGAGGCCAAGGGGCAUCCAAGCGGGCUGGCUGUGCUGGGCUGCUUCCUCCAGGUCUCAGAAGCCGCAAACUCCAACUACAACACUAUCAUUGGGGGAUUGAGGAACAUCUCCCAUGCUGGGCAGGCAGUGGACCUGGCCUCCACCUUCCGCCUUGGCACGCUGCUGCCGCACGUCGCGCAGCUCUCCCGGUACUACCGCUACCAGGGCUCCCUGACCACCCCUGACUGCAGCGAGGCCGUCAUCUGGACCGUGUUUGAGGAGCCCGUGGGCAUCAGCAGGGAGCAGCUGCAGGCGUUUGUCAGCACCGUGCACUUCCCGGCCUCGGGCGCUGCGCCCUUGAAGAUGACCAACAACUUCCGUCCGCCACAGCCGCUCUACAGCCGCAAGGUCUUCUCCUCUCGGGAUGCCACGGCCAGCUGUGGGUGUCCCCGCUGUCCCCUCGCCCCGCUGCUCCUGCUGCCCCUGCUCGGCCCCUUCUUGUCUUCCCCUUAGGGCCCGGGUUCCCUGUUGCCUGUUCUUUGCAUAGCGGUGAGGAAAUUUCUGGUUUAUGGGUGAUGAGGAAAAAAAUGGUAAAAAGCAGCUGGGGCCGUCAGCUGGGUGAGGAUGUGGCAGCCCUGGUGUGGGCUCGGUCAUGGGGCUGUCAGGGCUGCAAUAAAGGUGAGCUCCUGGCCCCGUGUGCGGCCCCUGGCUCCGUGUCUCUGUGCGGUGCCGUGGCAGGGACACACACACAUCUGUGCGGCCAUGGGGGAGCUGGGUGCUGCGGGAGGGGAUGGGACGGCACCGGGUGACACAUAGCGUGAACCCCAGGGAGACAAAUCCUGGCCCAGCACGUGUCCUUGUGCUCAGCAUACACACACACACGGCCACGUAGCCUUCCCCAGCCCUGGCCUUGGGGACGUGGCACAUCUCAGCCCUGCACAGUGCAGCCUGAAGGCCCUUUCCUAAUUUUAGGCUGCAGCUGUGUCUGCCCCAGGUCCAGGCACUCCCAGCCCCCUAAGUUAUGGAAUAAGGGCACAGGGUCAUGGUGGGACUGAGCAAUCCCCUGAUGUAAGGCAGCUUAGGUGUGCAGGUGAUCCUGGCAAUGGUUCCCGUGCACCCACUGCAGACUGGAGCAAGGGCCCAGCCCUCCAUGUGCUGCUCCACAGGGGGCUGGGAGGCCCUGGUGUCACCCCUGCAUGGCUCUGCUUGGUUGUGACUGCCGAGCUCCAGCUGCCUCCAGUUGGGAGCCACGGCUGUGGCUGGGGGGUGCUGACCUGCCCCAAGGGCUCCAUAAGCACAGGGCCCAGCUGUGUGCCCAUGCUGUGCUGGACGUGGGAGUUCAGCUGGGGCAGGGUGAGCUGAGAUACAAGGGGCCAUGCUCGUCCUUGUGGAGCUGUGGUCACUGCUGGGCUUCUUGCCUUGGGCACUGCCAGGGAUGGGGCACCUACAGCUUCUCUGGGCAGCCCGUGUCAGGGCCUCACCACCCUCUGAGUGAAGAAUUUCUUCUUUACAUCUAACUUAAACCCAUCACCUUUCAGUUUAAAAGUGUUACCCUUGUCUUAGCACUACGCUUUGCAGUAUUUGGGGUAUUUCACAGAGGCACAGAACUGUAGGGGUUGAAAGAGACAUCCAGAGAUCCUCCAGUCCAACCCCUCUGCUGAAUCAGGUCCCCUGGAGUAGGUCACACAGCAAAGUGUCCUGGCAGGCUCUGAAUAUCUGCAGAGGAGACUCCACCACCUCUCCGGGCAGCUCUUCCAGUGCUUGGUCACCCUCAAAG